AACGUGUGACUGACGUUGGUUUCGAGGUGGAAUCCUUGUUUUAUUACUAAGGAAUAAGUAUCGCCUCUCGACACCCCAACGGAGAGACAAUUUUGGGCCGCCCAGAACGUGCCGCCAGAAGUAGUCCGUCCGCCGCCGAAUUCUCCGAGGAACGAGAAUAAGAGCAGGAAAACGAAAAGCAACAAGGAAGUUCUUCCCCACCUUGCGACAAGUGGGAAAACGACGACGUAGAAGGCACGCAGACCUUCCAGGGAACGAGAGGAACAUUAUUUUUUGAUAUUCUGAAACAGAGCGUCUUAAAGUAAAGCCAAGAUGCCGAAGCCGAAGCCACAGGAAGGAGAGGAUCCCGAUCCAACCCCAUACCUCUUCGUCUCCCUCGAGCAGAGGAGAAUCGAUCAGACGAAACCGUACGAUGCGAAAAAGGCGUGUUGGGUACCCGACGAAAAGGAAGGAUAUCUUCUUGGUGAGAUCAGGGCUACCAAGGGUGAUGUCGUUACCGUUGGAUUACCUGGCGGCGAGAAUAAGGACUUCAAAAAGGAUCAGCUGCAGCAGGUGAACCCUCCAAAGUAUGAAAAAUGUGAGGAUAUGUCAAAUUUGACCUAUCUCAACGAUGCUUCUGUCCUCCACAAUUUGAAGCAACGUUACUACGCCAAGCUCAUCUACACUUACUCUGGCCUCUUCUGCGUAGCUAUUAAUCCCUACAAAAGAUUCCCUGUGUACACCCAAAGGUGCGCUAAGCUCUAUCGAGGCAAAAGGCGUAAUGAAGUUCCACCGCACAUUUUCGCUAUUUCCGACGGUGCAUACGUCAACAUGCUUACCAACGCCGAAAAUCAGUCUAUGUUGAUCACCGGUGAGUCUGGUGCCGGAAAAACUGAGAACACGAAGAAAGUAAUCGCGUACUUCGCCACCGUCGGUGCCUCGACCAAAAAAUCUGAAGAUACAUCGAGUCAGAAGAAGGGAUCUCUAGAAGAUCAAGUCGUACAGACCAACCCUGUCCUGGAAGCGUUCGGUAACGCUAAGACCGUCCGUAACGAUAACUCCUCCCGUUUCGGUAAAUUCAUCCGUAUUCACUUUGGUCCUUCUGGAAAACUGGCUGGUGCCGAUAUCGAGACCUAUCUACUGGAGAAGGCUCGUGUCAUCUCUCAACAAACUCUGGAGCGCUCGUACCACAUCUUCUACCAAAUGAUGUCCGGCUCUGUUGCUGGAUUGAAGGAUAUGUGUAUGUUGUCCAACAACAUAUACGACUAUUACAACGUGUCUCAAGGAAAAAUCACGAUCCCCAACGUCGACGAUGGCGAGGAAUGUUUGCUGACGGACCAAGCCUUCGAUGUGCUGGGCUUCACGCAAGAGGAGAAGAACGACAUCUACAAGAUCACCGCCGCUGUCAUGCACAUGGGUGGCAUGAAAUUCAAACAAAGGGGUCGUGAGGAACAGGCUGAGGCUGAUGGUACCGAGGAAGGUGAACGUGUCGCUAAACUGCUCGGUUGCGACUGUCAGGAUCUGUACAAGAACCUGUUGAAACCGAGGAUCAAGGUCGGUAACGAGUUCGUGACCCAAGGUCGUAACAAGGAUCAGGUAUCAUACUCGGUCGGUGCCAUGUCUAAGGCCAUGUUUGACAGGCUGUUCAAAUGGCUAGUGAAAAAGUGUAACGAAACCCUGGAUACCAAACAGAAGAGACAGCACUUCAUUGGUGUACUGGAUAUUGCCGGUUUUGAGAUCUUCGACUUCAACAGCUUCGAGCAGCUGUGUAUCAACUUCACCAAUGAAAAGCUUCAACAGUUCUUCAAUCACCACAUGUUCAUUCUCGAGCAAGAAGAAUACAAACGCGAAGGAAUCGAAUGGACUUUCAUUGACUUUGGCAUGGACCUUCAGCAAACGAUCGAUCUGAUCGAAAAGCCUAUGGGUAUCUUGUCCAUUCUUGAAGAAGAAUCUAUGUUCCCGAAAGCCACCGACAAGACUUUCGAGGAGAAGUUGAACAACAACCACCUUGGAAAGAGUCCUAACUACUUGAAGCCUAAACCACCGAAGCCUGGUCAGCAAGCGGCUCACUUCGCUAUUGGCCAUUAUGCCGGAAACGUACCAUACAACAUCACCGGUUGGCUGGAAAAGAACAAGGACCCGUUGAACGACACCGUGGUAGAUCAGUUCAAGAAAUCCAGCAACAAACUGCUGAUAGAGAUCUUCGCGGAUCAUCCAGGACAGUCUGGUGAUGCCGGUGGUGGCGGUGGUGGCAAGGGUGGACGUGGUAAGAAGGGAGGUGGUUUCUCCACGGUAUCGUCCUCCUACAGGGAACAAUUGAACAACUUGAUGACCACACUGAAAGCUACUCAACCCCACUUCGUCCGUUGUAUCAUUCCCAACGAGAUGAAGCAGGCGGGUGUGAUCGAUUCUCACCUUGUCAUGCACCAGCUCACCUGUAACGGUGUACUUGAAGGCAUCCGUAUUUGUCGUAAAGGAUUCCCCAACAGAAUGGUUUACCCUGACUUCAAACUACGGUACAAGAUCCUGGCGCCAGCGGCGGUGGAGAAGGUAGCUUCUGAUCCGAAGAAGGCCGCAGCGGCUGUUUUGGAAGCGUCUGGUCUCGAUCCUGACCAAUAUCGUCUUGGACAUACCAAGGUAUUCUUCCGUGCCGGAGUCCUGGGUCAGAUGGAAGAGCUUCGCGAUGAACGAUUGAGCAAGAUCGUAUCAUGGAUGCAAGCUUACAUCAGAGGUUACUUGACCAGGAAGGACUACAAGAGAUUGCAGGAGCAACGUUUGGCCCUGGUAGUCGUACAGAGGAACUUGAGGAAGUACUUGCAACUUCGUACUUGGCCAUGGUGGAAACUCUGGCAGAAGGUCAAGCCUCUCCUCAACGUCACUCGUAUCGAGGACGAGCUUGCCGCGCUCGAGGAGAAAGCGAGAAAAGCCCAGGAAGCGUUCGAGAAGGAAGAAAAGCUACGCAAGGAGCUCGAAGAGCAGAACUCGAAACUUCUGUCCGAAAGAAACGCGCUGCAAAAGACAUUGGAUGGAGAGAAAGGUUCCCUCUCGGAGUACAUGGAGAAGUCGUUGAAAUUGGCCGCACAAAAGGCUGACAUCGAGUCACAACUUCAGGAUCUGAACGACAGAUUCAAAGAAGAGGAAGACGCGAGGAACAACCUGUUCCAAAACAAGAAGAAACUCGAGCAAGAGGUAGCCGGCCUGAAGAAAGACAUCGAGGAUCUCGAGCUGAACCUGCAAAAGUCUGAGCAAGACAAGGCGACCAAGGAUCACCAAAUCCGCAAUCUGAACGACGAGAUUGCUCAUCAAGACGAACUGAUCAACAAAUUGAACAAAGAGAAGAAGAACCAAGGGGAAGUUAACCAGAAGACUGCCGAAGAAUUGCAGGCUGCCGAGGAUAAGGUGAAUCACUUGAACAAGGUGAAGGUGAAACUCGAGCACACCCUCGAUGAACUCGAAGACUCCCUCGAACGUGAAAAGAAAUCACGUGCCGACGUGGAGAAGGCUAAGAGGAAAGUGGAGGGUGACUUGAAACUGACCCAGGAAGCCGUUGCGGACCUCGAAAGGAACAAGAAGGAACUCGAACAGACGAUCCAACGCAAGGACAAGGAACUCUCGUCCCUCACUGCCAAACUUGAAGACGAACAAUCGCUGGUGGGCAAAUUGCAGAAACAGAUCAAGGAAUUGCAAGCUCGUAUCGAGGAACUGGAAGAAGAGAUCGAAGCCGAACGCGGUUCGCGCGUGAAAGCUGAGAAACAGCGAAGCGACCUUGCGAGAGAACUCGAAGAACUCGGCGAACGUCUCGAAGAAGCCGGUGGCGCGACCUCUGCCCAAAUCGAACUCAACAAGAAGAGAGAAGCCGAACUCAGCAAGCUCCGCAGGGACCUCGAAGAGGCUAACAUCCAACACGAAGCCACCCUUGCGAGCUUACGCAAGAAGCACAACGAUGCCGUCGCCGAAAUGGGCGAACAAAUCGACACCCUUAAUAAACUCAAGGCUAGGGUUGAAAAGGAUAAGGUUCAGUACUUCAGUGAACUGAACGACAUGCGCGCAUCCGUAGAUCACCUGAGCAACGAGAAGGCUGCCCAAGAGAAGAUCGUGAAGCAACUGCAACACCAGCUGAACGAGACCCAGGGCAAACUCGAAGAGGUGAACCGUACAUUGAACGACUUUGACGCCGCCAAGAAGAAGCUGUCGAUCGAGAACAGCGAUCUCCUGCGCCAAUUGGAGGAAGCCGAAUCCCAAGUCAGCCAGCUCUCCAAGAUCAAGAUCUCGCUGACGACACAGUUGGAGGACACGAAACGAAUGGCCGACGAGGAAUCCAGGGAACGAGCUACGCUCCUUGGCAAAUUCCGCAACCUGGAACACGAUUUGGACAACAUUCGGGAACAAGUCGAGGAGGAAGCGGAAGGCAAGGCGGAUCUCCAGAGGCAGUUGAGCAAGGCGAACGCGGAAGCACAAUUAUGGCGCACGAAAUACGAAUCCGAAGGUGUUGCCAGAGCAGAGGAACUGGAAGAGGCCAAGAGAAAGCUACAGGCUCGGCUGGCGGAAGCGGAAGAAACGAUCGAAUCGCUCAACCAGAAGGUGAUCGCUCUGGAAAAAACGAAACAGAGGCUAUCUACGGAAGUGGAGGAUCUCCAGAUCGAAGUGGACCGUGCUACGGCGAUCGCGAACGCGGCGGAAAAGAAACAGAAGGCCUUCGACAAAAUCAUCGGCGAAUGGAAGCUCAAGGUGGAUGAUCUUGCUGCUGAAUUGGAUGCCAGUCAGAAGGAAUGCCGUAACUACAGCACGGAACUCUUCCGACUCAGAGGUGCCUACGAGGAAGGCCAGGAACAACUGGAAGCAGUUCGUCGCGAGAACAAGAAUCUCGCCGACGAGGUGAAAGAUCUGUUGGACCAGAUCGGCGAGGGUGGACGCAACAUUCACGAGAUCGAGAAGGCCAGGAAGCGAUUGGAGGCUGAGAAGGAUGAACUCCAAGCUGCCCUCGAGGAGGCUGAAGCUGCUCUAGAGCAAGAAGAGAACAAAGUGCUUCGCAGCCAGCUCGAACUCAGCCAAGUCAGACAAGAGAUCGACCGACGAAUCCAGGAGAAGGAAGAGGAAUUCGAAAACACCAGAAAGAAUCAUCAACGUGCUCUCGAUUCCAUGCAGGCAUCGCUCGAGGCGGAAGCUAAGGGCAAAGCUGAAGCUCUGCGUAUGAAGAAGAAGCUCGAGGCUGACAUCAACGAGCUGGAGAUCGCUUUGGACCACGCGAACAAGGCGAACGCGGAAGCCCAGAAGAACAUCAAGAGAUACCAACAACAACUGAAGGACGUACAAACCGCGCUCGAGGAGGAACAGCGAGCACGCGACGAGGCGAGGGAACUGCUCGGAAUCUCCGAACGCAGAGCGAACGCUCUUCAGAAUGAACUGGAAGAGAGCCGUACUCUUCUCGAACAAGCGGACCGCGGACGUCGCCAGGCUGAACAAGAGUUGGCCGAUUGCCACGAACAGCUCAACGAGCUCAGCGCUCAGAACGCUUCCAUCUCCGCUGCCAAGAGGAAACUCGAAGCUGAACUCCAGACACUUCACUCUGAUCUGGACGAACUGUUGAACGAAGCCAAGAAUUCUGAAGAGAAGGCGAAGAAAGCGAUGGUCGAUGCCGCUAGAUUAGCCGACGAACUCCGAGCUGAACAAGAUCACGCUCAGACCCAAGAGAAGCUGCGCAAGGCUCUCGAGACUCAAAUCAAGGAGCUCCAGGUGCGUCUAGACGAAGCUGAGGCCAACGCUCUGAAGGGUGGCAAGAAGGCUAUCCAGAAACUGGAACAACGCGUCCGUGAAUUGGAGAACGAACUCGAUGGAGAACAGAGGAGACACGCUGACGCACAGAAGAACCUCCGCAAAUCCGAACGCCGCAUCAAGGAACUUAGCUUCCAGGCGGACGAAGACCGCAAGAACCACGAACGCAUGCAAGACCUCGUUGACAAGCUCCAACAGAAGAUCAAGACGUACAAGAGACAGAUCGAAGAGGCCGAAGAGAUCGCUGCUUUGAAUCUCGCCAAAUUCCGCAAAGCUCAACAAGAACUUGAGGAAGCAGAAGAAAGGGCAGACCUCGCUGAACAGGCCAUCACCAAGUUCCGUACCAAGGGACGCGGAGGAAGUGCCGCGCGUGGAUUGAGCCCAGCGCCACAUCGACCUGCGUUCAGACCCCAAUUGGAUGGUUCCGCAUUCCCGCCACGCUUCGACCUGCAGCCCGAUGGUGAACUGUAAAAAUCUCUGACUACCACCGUAACCCGUUUAGACACUUGAUCGUUACAGCUUGACAAACGAAAGAAUCGAUCGCAACACCGGCGGCAACUUUCAUCGUGUCAUCUCACCGAAUAGCUCAUCCCUUCAUCUUCGUAUCUACACGCAUACACCUACACAUGUCUAUACAUACACAACACAGGGAGACGUAUACACACCAUCGCUUCGUUCGAGCGAUCAAAGUAUUCAAACGACCUUCAACGUUUACGUCAACCAACGACACGAGAAUGUCCGUGCUUGGUCACCCUGCCAGUUUCCAAAUAAAAAUGAAAUUAACGAAAAUAUGAUAAUGGAAAGAAUUUUGAAAAUUUCACUCUUAUUCUUUAAUCUCAAGCGUUGUGUAACAUUCGUCAAAUUUAUGGGGAAAGGGAUAUUUAAUAAUGAGUAAUUAAUAAUUAACGAUAUUCACCACUCGCGCUGACGGUCGAGGAAAGAGAGAGUGAUAGAUAGAAUGAUAGUGGGAGAGCAAGAGAGAAAUCGAGAGAAAGGAAAGAUGCGAGCGGUCGAAAUGGGCGAGCCAGCAAAGAAAUUUUCAAAGGUUCUAUUAAUUGAACACGUGGCAGAUAGGAAUAUAUGUGCAUACUGGCAUACACGCGUAUCAAGCGGACGAAUCGAUAAUAAUACGAGAAAAAUAUUAAUAAAAAUAAAUAUAAAAAAAAAGCACAAAAACAAGAAAAAAAAGAUGAAACGAUAAUACAUGUUGUGAAAGAAAUACAGAACGAUAAUAAUAGGAGAAGGAGAUUACACGUAAUAGAGAGGACGAGACAUUUUCAAAAAUAGUAGUCGUGGAUUUGAACGGCGUCGCGCAUUAUUAUGUAUGUCAUCCAAAUGAUAAUCCUACCCUAUAAACUUAAUUGUAAUUUAUAAAGUAAUAUGUAUUUAUUAAAAUAAAUAAGCAAUAAAUAAAAUUAAGAACUGAA